CGUACUUACAAUGUACACGUUCCUUCAACCUACGACCCGAAUAAGGCAGCACCGCUUAUCAUGGCUUUCCACGGCAGAGGCGACAGCGGGUCUGCUAUGGAGAGCAACAGUGGACUAUCUAUUGAAAGAAUCAACCCAUACGGUAUCUCUGUGUAUCCUACCGCGAUCAAAGAUCAAGAUCAACAAAACACCUGGCAGGGAGAUCCGAGUUACGCCACCAACAGGACUGUCGACGAUAUUGGCUUUGUAAGAGCUCUGGUCACCAACAUUUCGGCUCAGUACUGCGUUGAUACAAGCCGUGUCUUCGCUGCUGGUAUAAGCAACGGUGGUGGAUUCGUCAAUGUGCUUGCUUGUGACCCGGUCAUGUCUUCAGUGUUCAACGCGUUUGCACCUCAUUCCGGAGCUUUCUACACUUCGACAGGCGACUCGAACACAGUGUGUUUCCCGAACACGGUCCUGACAAACGACCUGGUACACACUACCUGUAGUCCCUCAAGACGCGUUCCGAUGAUUGAAUUCCACGGUGACGCUGAUGGAACGAUCGGCUACUUUGGUGGCGGCCGCAGAGGUUACUGUCUGCCGGCUAUUCCUCACUGGACACAGGACUGGGCCAUACGCAACAAUUUGACAAGCGAUAACGUUACCACCGUGACGAACGGCGGAAACCUCACCAGAUAUGAGUUUGGUGCUGCAAGCGGAUACCCAGGUCUGGUCACUCAUUUCCGUCUCGCAGGUUGGAGUCAUACAUAC